AUGAGCAGUGAAGAACCCGUUUUAGAAACCAGCCAAAAAGAGGAUGAGAAUGUGAACGAUCUGGCGCUAAAGGCGGUACAACAGGCCGAGGGGUCCACUGAUAAAGUGGAGAGACAACGUAAACACAUAGAUACGGGGACAUCGGAUGAUGAAGACGAGAUAGCAGCGAAUCGGAGGCUGGACUCGCAACGGAUUAUUAACAAUAGCAAUGGUCCAGAUGAAUUUGGACUUGACCAAACCACCAGAAGACGUCAGGAACUGGAAGAUCGGUUGGACCGAUUGUUGAAAAAACCAAAAUCCCGUAGAACCAGAAGGGAUGAAGACGAUUUGGAACAGUUUUUGGACGAGCGGAUCUUGAGACUCAAAGACGAAAUGAAUCUGGCAGCGCAAAAAGAUAUCGAGACCUUGAAUCGUAGACUGGAAGGCAUCGACGAAACUGCAGUGGCUACGGAAAAGGUCAGGCUGCUUCCCAAAGUGGUGAGCACGUUAUCAAAGGCGCAUCUGGCAGACACAAUACUGGACAAUAACUUGUUGCAAAGUGUGCGUAUUUGGCUAGAACCGCUGCCAGAUGGAUCUUUGCCCUCAUUCGAAAUACAGAAAUCGCUGUUUGCUGCUCUGGAAACGCUGCCCAUCAAAACAGAUCAUUUGAAAGAAAGUGGGCUAGGUAAAGUGGUCAUCUUCUAUACCAAGUCAAAGAGAGUGGAGGCCAAGCUAGCGCGUCUGGCAGACCGUCUAGUCGCAGAAUGGACAAGACCCAUCAUCGGCGCUUCCGACAACUACCGCGAUAAGCGGGUAAUGAGAUUGGAAUUUGAUGUGGAACAACAUAGAAAGAAGGCUAUGCUGGACAGUGCCAAAAGCAAGAAAACAAAAAAGAGAAGAGCUGAAGAUGACACCAAGGGUAAAUCUCCAUACGAAUUGGCUGCUGCCAGAAGAAACAGGGCAGCAGCGCCAUCGCAGACUACAACGGAUUACAAGUAUGCGCCGGUCAGCAAUUUGAACUCAGUUUCUUCUACUGCACGGACUUCUGGAGUUGGGUCGUCGCUGAACAACAGUGAAAUGUACAAGAGGUUGAACUCUCGACUCACCAAGAAGGGUAAGAGGAGUAAAUAA